AUGGCGAGUUCACAAAACAGAGGUGAAGAGAAUACUCAUAGAGAUCGGAGCCUUGCGGUUUUUUUCAAAGAUCCAAAUAGCGAGAUCGAAGAAGAGAGAUGGAAGCUGAUCAAGGAUCGUAUCAUCUCCAAGGGUGGUGUAGUUGUAGCCGAACAUCUUGCCCAGUUUCUUGAUCCUCUACAAGGAAAGGGGAUCCAUGAGGAAGCAUACAUGUUUCCUGUUCUUGUAAAAUUCCAAGGCCGUCCUGUGAUGGAUGAUCAAUCUGGUCAUGUUCUCUACCACUUUGAAUCCCUAAAAGGGGCUAUUGGUGGAGGAAGAAGUUUAUUUUUUUUGUCGAAUGGAAGAAGAGUUCCUGAUGGUAAGUGUUUGGAGGAGAAGAAGUGGGAAUUGACGAGUAUAAGAGAUCUUUGCUGGAUAUUGGUGCAUAUUGUAGGUUUUGGACUAGUUGGGGGAUGGGCAUAUAUUGCUGUUGAAAGCGAGUCGCCUGCUGGUUUUGUCAAGUUUUUUACUACCGUGAUACCAUUGCUUCCGAUUGCUGCCGUUCUGUCGCUUCUUGUUUUGGAAGGGGGUAGCUUCUAUUUCAUGGUUUGCUUGUUUUAUCCGAUCAUGAAAAAUUUUGGUGUUUAUAGAAGAAACCGAGCAAGACAGCAUGCUGCUCUGGCGCUUCAAUCCCCCAGUGAGCAACUAAGAAUAAAGCUACAACGCCACGCUUUAGUGUGGAAGGAGUUCUGA